AUGGGUGUGAAGCUGUUUAUAGAAAUAAAGAAGCAAGAGGUUGGAUUCAGUGGACAAAAAGACGCUAAUGCUCUAAACGUUGUUGAAUCAAAAAUUGGUGAUUCUUGUUACAUACCCGAGAUGGAGAAAGAAAAUUCUAUAUCAGAUACAAAUAUAUCAAAUGUGGAGACGAAACAAUUGAACAAGGAUAAAGCAACUCUUCUGGCUUUCAAAAAUGCAUUUGGUGAGAGAGAAAAAAUGUGUGUUGUUUCUGAUAGAAACGAAAGCAUAAUUAAGAGUGUUAGUAUAGUUUAUCCAAAUGUUCCACAUUUUGCAUGCAUAUGGCACUUGUGGAAAAAUGUUUGUACAUACUACAAGAGAAGUAAAAACACUCUAAGUGAUCUGUUUUAUUCGAUGGCUAAGGCUUAUCGAAAAAAGGAUUUUGAAAAAUUGAUGGCUAAAGUGGAAAAAGUAGAUGGGAGAGUUAAAAAGUAUCUUGAAGAGGCUGGCUAUGAAAGGUGGUCUAGAUCUCAUGCAACCGUGAAUAGGGGUAGAAUGAUGACAUCUAACAUUGCGGAAUGUAUCAAUGGUUGUCUUGUUAAUGCACAGAAAUUACAUGUUUUGGACUUUUUGGAAGAAGCCAGAAUUCUAUUUGGUUCUUGGAACUGCAAAAAUAGAGAAAUAGCAUCUUAUACAAAGGAAACAUUAGGGAGAAAAUUUGAAGAGAUAUUGAUUAUAAACGCGUCCAAAUGUUCAAAAAUGAAGGUUGUUGCAUCUUCAAAAUUCAUUUUUUCAGUUUAUGAAGGUGGUAUAAGAUACAUCGUUUGCCUUGAGAGAAAGAAUUGUUCUUGUGGUAGAUUUCAGCAUGAUGAAAUACCUUGUGCGCAUGCAAUGGUUGUUCUGAAGAAGAAGAAUAUCAAAGAUGUACACCCAUACUGUUCUGAUUACUAUAAACCUGAUGCAUUAGCAAACACCUAUGCAGUUCCAAUGGAACCAAUGCCGGACAAAAGUGAUUGGAUAGUUCCGGAAAGUGUUUUGGAAGAAGUUGUAUUGCCACCAAGAUACAAAAAAAUGCCUGGUAAACCAAGAAAAAAAAGAAAGAAAAAUGCAGAUGAAAAGCUAAGCGGAAACACAAAUUGUUGUGGACGAUGUGGACAAGAAGGUCACAAUAGAAGAACAUGUACUUUCUUUCCAAAAGAUUCAUAA